AAUCUGCCACAUUUCCACCCGCACGCCCACAAUGCGCUGGCUACAGCUCCUCACGGCCUCGCUGCUGCCAUUCACGGCGAUUGCUGCCAAGAAGUCGUCGGGCGACCGCUUCGCCGACUUCCGCUCCAAGUCGUCCUCCGGCCCGCUCAAGCUCGACGAUGCCAGCUACACCCAAUUGACUAAGGCGCCCCGGGACUACUCCAUCGCCGUGCUGCUGACUGCUUUGGAGACUCGAUUUGGGUGUGUCUUGUGCCGCGAGUUCCAGCCGGAAUGGGAUCUGCUGGGGAAGAGCUGGGCGAAGGGCGACAGAGAGGGGAAGAGCAGGCUGGUCUUUGGCACGCUGGACUUUGUGGAUGGAAAGAACACGUUCCAGUCGUUGAUGCUUCAAACCGCCCCGAUCCUGCUCUACUUCCACCCCACCGUGGGCCCCAAUGCGAAGGUUGACUCGCAGCCCGUCCGCUUCGACUUUACCAACGGACCGCAAUCCGCCGAGCAAAUCCAAGCUUGGGUUGCGCGCCAGCUCCCUGCUGACGCUCCCAAGCCUUCCGUCUCACGUCCCAUCAAUUACGUUAAGAUCAUCACCGUCUCGACCGCCGUGCUAGGUGGAAUCACCUUUGUUGCUGUUGCAUCGCCCUACGUUGUCCCGAUUCUGCAAAACCGCAACAUCUGGGCUGCUUUCAGUCUCAUUGCUGUGCUGCUCUUCACUAGCGGCCACAUGUUUAACCACAUUCGCAAGGUACCCUAUGUCUCUGGAGACGGCAAGGGUGGAUUGAGCUACUUUGCUGGCGGCUUCAGUAAUCAGUUUGGUCUCGAGUCGCAGAUCGUUGCGGCUAUCUACGGUGUCCUUUCCUUCGCUACCAUCUCCCUCGCGCUCAAGGUGCCCCGCAUCGCCGAUCCCCGCGCCCAGCAGUUCGCCGUCUUCCUCUGGAGCGCUGUCCUCCUCGGCAUGUACAGCUUCCUCCUAAGCGUCUUCCGACAGAAGAACGGCGGAUAUCAGUUCUGGCUGCCCCCUUUUUAAGCGCGAGUCCCGUUCGGCGCCGAGCAAAAGAGAAGGAAAAAGAGCACAAGUUGUGCCCUUGCAGUGGUCGGAGGUGUGGAGCGUAGCUGGAAAAGCGAGCUCCUAAUGUAGAAUUGGUAAAAUUUAUUGCGUGUAUAUUGCAUCAGCCGGCGUUGAGGCUGGAAAGGAAAAUAAAGAUAUCUAUUCAAAUCGCAUUGCGCUCC